AACAUGAAAAACGUCAAUAUGAAGAACGAUGAAGAAAAAUACAUAUCCUGUGCCAUCAUGGGAGACGGGAUGGUCGGAAAGACCAGCAUCUCCGAGAGCUAUGCCCAGAAAUCCUUCAAGGAGAACUAUGAAGCCACAGUGUUUGAUAACUAUGUCGUUCCACUGAAUGUGGCUGGAGAGGAGUUUGUCAUCAGCAUGUUCGAUACUGCAGGAAAGAAAAACUUUGAGAAUCUCCGUUCCUUCACAUACCGUGAGAGUGAAGUCCUGCUUCUGUGUUUCUCCACCUGUGACCGGGAAACGUUGGCCAGCAUCAAUGACGUGUGGAUGCCUGAACUGAAGAGACACUCCAAACACACCAAACAGAAGAGACCGGUCAUCCUCGUGGGCACCCAAAUUGAUCUCCGUUUCGGGAAUGAAGACAGCGAGGUAUCCACGGACGAGGGUGUCCAGUUGGCCAAGGACAUUGGUGCUGACUGCUAUGUGGAGUGCUCGGCUCGCGACCACAAGGGUUUGAAGGAGGUUUUUCAGCAUGUCGUCUUCUCCGCUCUCAAGUUCAGAAAAAAGAACACAAACAUUAUCAAGAAGAUAUUCAGACGUUGAAAUGGGCAGUCGCGAACAAUGUUCCUAUAAAAUGACUGUAUUGUCUGCGCCACUAAAGCCAAUAGUGACUUUGAAAUCUCAAACUGUGAUAUUUUGCAGAUUUAGUAAACCAGUGCGUGCCUUCAUCAGUAUGAUGCCGAUAUGGGCAGACCAAUUUGUGCUUGCGUUUUGUACUUGAUGUAACUUCCUGUGAUCCUAUUUGUGCGACAUUUUCAAUCACCUUGGCAAGUGGUGAUGCUGUUUAUCGAAUUUUGAUAUUAGAUAUCAAAACACACUGUAUUAUCAAAGUUUAAGUUGCAAUCAGAGACAAUUUUCAGAGAAGACACCACUUAUCGAAGUUUUCUGUGGCAUCCAUGGGAACAGGCGAGUGACGUUAUUCCGUUUUCACAACGUGACUACAUUUACAAGGGUCACGUGGGUAUGAAUUAUGUUCAAGUUUAUAUCUCGGCAUUCCAGUGCCCAGUACCGUUUGUGCAAACAAUAUGCAAUUUCCAU